AGAGUAUAAACACAUAUAUUUUUUAAAGUUUUAAAGCAAAAGCCGGCCCGUCCCCCCUCCCAGAGUAAGCAGGCCCCGCCCCUCACCCCAAGUGGGCGGGGACAGCAGUUGCAUGGGCAGCUUCCCUUGUGAUGCCACAGGUUCCUAUGGACACGUUGCUGCCUGGCCACGCCUCCUUUCCCUUUUAUCUUUCUCACUGACCAAUGGGCUUGGAGCAUAAAGGCCACGCCCCCUUUCUGUGUUCUAUUGGGGCCUUGGUUACGCCUCCUCUGGCUCAGUCACACAGCUGACUGGUAGGUGACUGGAGGUGUUCCCUGAUGUGGCCCCAACCCUGCCUCCCUCCCCACCCCAUGAUGUUAGAAGAAACUCGACAGAGUCAAUUGGCAGCAGCCAAGAAAAAGCUGAAAGAAUAUCAGCAGAGGAACAGCCCUGGUCUUCCGGCAGGAGCGAAGACAAAAAAGAAGAAAACUGGCAGUAGCCCUGAGACAACCACUUCUGGUGGUUGCCACUCACGUGGGGAUAGCCGGAACCAAGAACUGGAAGUAGCCCUGGACUCAAGCUCCACAACAAUCAAUCAACUCUAUGAAAACAUAGAAUCACUGAAACAACAGAAGAAACAAGUGGAACAUCAGCUGGAAGAAGAAAAGAAAGCAAACAAUGAAAUACACAAAGCACAAACAGAGCAGUUAGAGACAAUCAACAUCCUCACGCUGGAAAAGGCAGACUUGAAGACCACCCUUUACCAUACUAAACAUGCCGCCAGACACUUCGAAGAAGAGUCCAAGGAUCUUGCUGGCCACCUGCAAUACUCCUUACAGCGUAUUCAAGAAUUGGAGCGGGCUCUCUCUGCUGUGUCUACACAGCAGCAGGAAGAGGACAGGUCCUCGAGCUGCGGUGAAGCAGUCCUCCAGCGGCAGUUACAGCAGACCAGAAAGGAGCAGGCGCUGCUGAACGCACACGUGACACAGGUGACAGAGUCACUUAAACAAGUCCAGCUACAGAGAGAUGAAUAUGCUCAACAUAUAAAAGGAGAGAGGGCCUGGUGGCAGGAGAGGAUGCAGAAAAUGUUGAUGGAGGCUCACGCAUUGAGGGAGGAGAAGAAGCAUGACAUACAUCGGAUACAGGAGCUGGAGAGGAGCUUGUCUGAAAUCAAACACCAGAUUGCUGAGCCCCCAUCCCCGGUGGACCCAGCAGGAACAUCUGAGGUGGAACAGCUACAAGAUGAGGCCAAACACCUGAGGAAGGAGGUGGAAAGUCUGGAGGGACAGCUCCAAUUCCAGAUGGAAAACAAUCAGGCCUUGAGUCUCCUGAGCAAGGAACAAAAGGAAAGGCUCCAAGAGCAGGAGGAGAGGCUCCAAGAGCAGGAAGAGAGGAGGUUGCGGGAGGAGGAGAGACUAUGUGAGCAAAAGGAGAGGCUUCAGGAGAAGCAGAAGAGGCUGGGGGAGCAGGGUGAGAGGCUGGGAAAGCAGGAGGACAGGCUACGAAAGCAGGAGGAGAGGCUGCGAAAGGAGGAGGAGAGGCUGCAAAAGCAGGAGGAGAGGCUACAAAAGCAGGAGGAGAGACUGUGGGAGAAGGAGGAGAGGCUGCAAAAGCAGGAGGAGAGGCUCCUGCUCUCCCAGAACCACAAGUUCGACAAGCAACUGGCUGAGCCACAGUGUGACUUGGAGAAUCUGAACAACAAGAACAAGAGCGCACUGCUGUUGGAGCAGCAAGUAAACGAGCUGCAGGAGAAGCUGAGUGAGGAGCACCUAGAAGCUGCCAACCAGGAGAAUCAACAGCUAGAGACCCAGUUCAGUCUCAUGGCUCUCCCUGGAGAAGGAGAUGGAGGAGGACAUCUGGACACUGAGGAGGAGGGCGUGCCUCGGCCUAUGCCGAGCAUCCCAGAGGACCUGGAGAGCCAGGAGGCCAUGAGCAGCUUUAUGGACCUCCCAAAGGAGAAGGUGGAUGGGAAGGAGCAGGUGGAGAACCUAGAGCUUGGAUUCAUCCAACUCUCUGGAGCAACAGAUGGCAUGAGAGAGUACAUCACCGUAUAUGGGAGCCAAGGGGCAGUGCCAAACAGGCGGCACCAGGAGGAGGAGGUCAACAGUCUGGACCAGAAUGAGGAGGAGAUGAAUGUGAAGCUGCUGGAGCUGCAGGAGCUGGUGUUGCCACUUGUGGGUGACCAUGAGGGGCAUGACAAAUUCCUCCCCGCUGCCCAGAACCCUGUUGAUGAGCCCGCUCCAGGGGCCCCAGCCCCCCAGGAACUUGGGGCUGCCCAUGAGCAGGGUGAUUUUUAUGAGGUGAGCCUGGCCGACAGUGUGGAGCCUGCACCAGGAGAGGCCAGGGAGGGUUCUCCCCAUGACAACCCCACUGCACAGAAGAUCCUGCAGCUGCUUCCUGUAAUGCAGGACACCCAGGAGCACCCAGGCUUGGCCACCAGACCCUGCAUGCCAUUCUUUUACCGGGCAGCCGAGAACAGGGAUAUAAACAUCAUCAUAAUCUAAGAGCUGGUCAAGAAAUUAAAAAAAAAAAAAACAGUUAUGAGGUUAAUCCCCUACACAAUUCAUUUACCUCAUUGGAAUGUUAGAGCCCCUCGUGUUUAUUUAUGUUUCUAAUUUACAGUUUAAAUUUCUUUGUGAAAAGUUAAGGGAGAGUGGGUCUUUUCCUGAUGUUCACUCUGGCUUCCUUUAGCAUUUUUGGUUUUAAUUUGAUAAUUGUAGGUCAUUAGCUCGCAUAUCGAGUUUGCCCUUAGAUGGUGGGAGUUCAAACACACAAAGACCCACUCUUUGCACAAAACUAUUCUUGAUGGUUUGGAAUAGGCUGCCAUGCUUUUUAAAUGUUAUUGCAGCAUGUAUAUUCAUUACAGAAUUCAGAUAAAAUCUGCUUAUGUUCUGCUAUGAUGUUUGAUCGAAUCCUAAUCACAGUGAGCUCUUCAUUAGCUCAAUAUGUGGUUUGCCCUCAAGUGCAAACUGUUUCUUACUUUGUAAUAUGCCACUGUGAGUACCGACAUUUAGAGUUGUUUAAAGGCCGAGAACUGGAAACAGCCUUUCCCCUAUUUUCUGUGUAUUGGGGAUGGGAGUAAUAACAUUUUGGGGAGCUUUUUAAAUCUCACAGAAGAGGAAAGUGGCCUGCUCUGGCAGGUGUGUGCAGGAUAGAGUGUGAUUCAUUUGUUCUGGUGCAAGGAAUGAGUGCUGUACUAUGGUAGUUCCCUUAGGAUUUGUAUGUACUCUGGGCUCAUGAAGAUAUUGCAGCAUGAGCUGCAGCAGUUGGACUCUUUCUCAAUGACCUAAAAAGGGAUUCUUUCUGAGGAAUGAAAGGCUCCCAUCAUUGACUGUGGAUGCGGAAAACCUUUUCUAGCUUAGAGCAUUUAUAUCUA